AUGCGAUUCCUGCACGGCCUAAUCGGCCCACGUUCCAUCCGUCUCGUGGCUUUGGUAUGCGGCGUAGUGCUUCUCUGCACAAUAUACCUCUUUGCCAAUCCGAGCGUAUCCGACGACUUCUGGCUGUUCUACCGGCCCCUCGCGGAUGAGAAUCCCGACAUAAACCUGGUCAAGUCCCUAUUCCGAUACACAACCAGGCAUCCAAUCCAUCCACCAUACCAACAAGCAUACGGCAAUGUAGGCAGACGCAGUGGUCUCUUGCGACAGUGGCUGAACCUAGCCCGGAAGUCAGAUGACUCUGCCGCAAAGGACCUCCUAAACGACAUGGCCGAGAAGCUUGCGGCGUCUACCUUUCCGUUCCUGAAAGAGCGAUUGAAUCAGCAUCCGAGUUCGCAGCUGCAGCGUCCGCUGGCCGACCUUCAGGCGUCUUUCGAGCCUGAUUCAACAGGGAUUGUGAUCCCAACCAGUGAUAAGAGUGUCCGGUCUGCGGCGCGACUCUUGCUUAAUCUGCGCUCGGUGUUGGGCUCUACGCUUCCGGUCCAGAUUGCGUACGCAGGAGACCACGACCUGGCAGCUGAGAAUAGGGAAUUGCUAUCGCGGAUAGAUUUUCCGGGCCCGCCUAUUGAGUUCCUCGAUAUCAACACCGUCUUUAAUCCAUACGUCACGCAAUUUGAGCAGGGGGGCUGGGAAAUCAAGCCGUUCGCGGCGCUUGCGUCGCGUUUUGAACGGGUGCUUAUCGCCGACCCGGACGUGGGAUUCUUCCAGCUACCGGACACCUUUCUCCAGGACGAGGCGAUCACGCACGCUGGCGCGUGGAUGUCGAAGGAUAGACUGUUCUGGUAUCAUGCGUACCGGGAUCCCGCGGAUUGGGACCGGUACAUUGGACCAGAUGUAGACAGAUACACUCUGCCUGCGAAGGUUGUGGACCAGGCUCUAUUUAUCGUAGACGCUGGUCUGGCGUUUUUCGAUAAAGGCCGGCUCGAUAUCCUACUAGGGCUUCUGUGCGUGUGCUGGCAGCACUCGUAUGAUGUUCGGAAAGAGCUCACGCAUCCUUUGAGGUAUGGCAGUAGGGCAGUCUGGUGGCGAGGACUCGAGAUGGCUGGUGCUCGGUAUGUAGAGCCGGACCAUUAUGGUGGGGUUAUCGGGGAGGGUGCACACGACCGAGACGGAGUCAAAGUCUGCGGGUCUGCCCUUGUCCAUGUUGAUCCCAAAGGUCGGCUGUUGUGGUGGAAGGGUGAUCUGUCGUCGGACCAAGGGAAAGGACCUCACAAAUGGAUGAUCGAAGGCACGAGCCCGGGUCCGUUUAGUGCCAGGUGGGAAGAGAUCAGAGGUACAUAUGAUGACAUAAAAGAGGCGAUAUCUCGGGGGGUAUAUUGUAUGAUUGCGGAUGAAGCGGGAAGUCUCUCUGAUGAGGAGCUCGAUAUAGUUGGGAGGUUGGUUGAACUAGUUGAAGGAACCGACGAGACAAAUUCAGUUUAA